AUGGCUAAGAGCGGUACUCAGAACAAGAUUUCUGAUGUUGCUCUGCGUGAGCACUGCUUGGCUUUUGUCCGACUCAAGCAUGACCAACAGCAGGUGCACUUGGAGGGAAUGCUUGCAGGACUGUGCGGAAAGCAACUGCGAGAGGUGGUUCAGCGUGAACUCCAGCGGGUUGCCGAUGAUACGGCCCUGUGCUUCGGGAACACACCAGAGCUGCAGGCACAGAGAUCCACUCAGGUCUCUGUCGCGCAGCCUCAGCAGACCAAGCGAGCUCAAAGGGAUGCAUUGUGCAGGAAAUGGACUAAGGAGUGCCUGGUGUGGCUGACACUGGGAGCCGAUUUCGGCCCUUCACUCAUCUGCUCAGGUGAGGAGGAGCUCAUCUUAUGCGUGACGGAGCUGCACAAACCAAGGGUCUGGGGCCCAUCUGCAGUGCUGCAAGGUAACCUCAGCCGUGCGUGUCAGCCUGGUACAUUCCAGCUCUUCGCCAGCACGUGUCAGUGGCAGUUUUUGGCUCGUAACCUGCAGAGGGGUGAGCCGAACAUGUCGGCCCCCGAGAGCUCGCCUGAGGAAGGGCCAAAGGCCAAGCGUGCAAACCCUCGCUCGCACUACAGGGCUGAUGGCACAAGGCGGCGGACUAAGGGCGAGAAGAAGGCUAGGCAGGGACAAGGUGCAGGGUACCACUCUUCUGGAUGGAAAACGGACUGGUGGGAGUCCAGCAAGGACUCGUGGGCCAAGCACCCUGCCGAGGAGGAGCCAGCACUACGCGAGACUGGGGUUACAGAGGCAGCCUCCUCCUCUGCUUCAGGGGGAGCCGGGCCGGCCGUACAUGCUGCGAGAGUGGAGCAGCCAACCAUGCUCAGGGACCCACCGCUGGAUGUCAGGAACUCUUUGCUUGUUAGAAUCCCGGAUGGCCAAGGGAUCCCGGUACUGCGGGAGAAACUGGAUGAGAUUCAGAGGAACAGUGGCCUCUUACAUGUACUGCUCUCCUCCAAGCCCAAGGAAGGCCGCUGGACACUUCUGCUGGAGGGUACCAAGUCUAAUCAGGACAAGGCCAAGGAGCAGAUCAUGCAGAUCAUGGUUCAGGCGCAGAGGGAGCCACCGACUGCAGCUGGCAGCUCAAGUACCCAGGUGGCACUGAUUGCAAGCACUGAGGGAGCCGAUCCUCCGGCCCCUACACCGCUGCCGCUACUGCCGCCGACGUUGCAUCUAUCCGCCCCACCGGGGCCGCGGACCGCUGAGGAAUCAGCUCUGGACGACAGUCCACAGGCGACAUCGAGAGCUUCUGAGCCGUCUGUUGAUGCACAGCGGACAUCGGCAACCGAUGCCGGGGCUGCCGUAGUGGCUGCUGAGCUGCCGCAGCAGCCGCAGCAAAAGGACCUGACAGUGCGAGGUCGGGCAGGGAACUUCUUCUUCGCAGGAGCCGAUGAUUGCCACACAGCUCAAGCACUGAAGCACCCAGAAUUGCAGGCUUGGCUCGCCACGAAGGAGGCGAGUGGCUAUGACGUCAUCAUGCUGCAGGAGACGCACUGGUCACAGAUGACUGAGUUCAGGCUGGGACCUGCAGAGGCCAUUCAAUGCAAAACGUUUUUAAAGGGCAGAGUCACCUUAACACGGAUUCAUCAGCAAUUUGGCACGGAGGACGGGGAUGAGGGCUUACUUGAGCUGCUUCAAACGCAUGGACUGUGUCUUCUUAACACCUGGCACGGGAAGCACAAGGCAACCAAUGUUACCUCCGGCAGCUACAGUCAGAUCGACUUCAUUGCAGUGCGGGUCCAAUGGGCUGACAGGGUGGCUAAGCAGAGCACAGCGCAACCAGAAUGCCCAGCAGGAGCGUGGAAAACGAACCGACACUUUCCGGUGCGCGCCUCGGUCAAGCUGGUGGCGCCAUGGCACCUCAUCCGAAAAAACAGACAAACCACUGCGCAGAUCAACAAAGUGGAGAUGCAAAGCUCCAUUGCUACACAAGAUGCCAGAGCCCGAGAACUGCGCGAGAAAGUUGCCGACGACGUUAGCAGGCUCCCGCAGCAGGCAGGUCUAGGUGAACUCACCGUCUUAGUUGAUGAGAUCAUGCGGAGACAUGCCGCGGCAAUCUAUCCGACCAAACCUGUCUCGGAUCAACGUGAUCAGGGCGGCAUUUAUGUUGCAGUUCGCAAACUUGCGCCCUGGAAGCCGGCAGCCAAGCCCAGUAUUCGCGGUAAGUCAGGGGAGUUUCUCCCACCAGCACAGCAGCUUCGAGAGCUUUGCAGGCACGCCACGGCGAAGUUCUGCCAGGGCACAGACUAUCAGCCAAAAGGCACGCUGCGAGAAGGUGUUCAGGUAACUGUCGAACAACUGCAAGAGGCUUUGCAGAGAUUGCCGGUGCGCAAGGCAGCGCCACAGAAUGCCGCUCCCUCUGCCCUCUGGAAAAACAGCGCUGCAGCGCUGUCACAACUUUUCUGGGGGCCACUCUCUGAGGCAUGGGGACCUGGAGCCGAGGGCAGUGCACCUCCCAUCUGGAAGGAUGCACAAAUGGUCUGGAUGCCUAAGCCUCAAAAGGAUAGCAGCAUUCUUGCCAAUCUGAGACCCAUCGGUCUGGUACAUCCCAUGGGAAAGUCUGUUACUGUCGUUCUUCGGACCAGACUCGUGCCCACGCUCAUGGAGGCUCUGGUCACCAGGCCACAGUUUGCCUACGCCAAAGGCCGGUCUACGCUCGAUGCGCUGCUUAGAGCCCAUGGGCACAUUACCCAGACAAGGCAGGUUGUUGAUGCUUGCAAGUCCUCGAUAUACGCCCGACACUCAGGUCAGGAACCGAACCCCUGCUUUGGAGGUCUCUGCUUUAGCCUCGACCUCAAAGGUGCUUUCGAUGCAGUACCCAGGAGCAGCUUAGCGGAGAGUCUGUUUAGGCUCCAAGUUGAUCCGGAGCUGGUGCAUUUGAUCAUGCAUAUGCAGUACCAGGCCCAGUGCUGGAACAACGUCGGAGCCGACACCCGGCCCGUCACGCCGACACAGGGGAUCAAGCAAGGAUGCUGUGUAGCGCCUUAUCUCUUUGUGGCAUACACUAUCAUGGUGAUGGAUAAGCUAAGUGUCCAGAUGACACCCGGGUGGCAGGAGGACAGUCUCACCUGGUAUGCCGACGACGCGUUUGCAGCUUGGCUGGUUCAGGGGGUUGAUGACUUGCGUCAGGCUCUAGGCGACAUAAGCACAAUCAUCAGUGUCCUCCGAGACAACGGAAUGGAAAUUCAACCGGACAAGUGCGCGGUCCUUCUCAACUUGCAUGGGAAGGAGAAAUCCAAGAUCCUCAAACAUCAUAUCGUGCAUCGACAAGAACAAGCACAUCUUGUGAUUAGCACCCUCGAGGAGGUGUACAUCCCCAUCAAGAAGCACCACGAGUACCUUGGCACGGUGCUGGCCUACCGCGACCCCCAAACGCUUACCCUGCAACACAGGCUGGGCAAGGCUAGAGGUCAGUACGCGCUACUGCGGAAAACGUUGCAUGCACGCAGACUCAUUUCGAGCAAGCACCGCUAUCGAAUCUGGAAAGCAGGAGUCCCAGCGAGUGCCUGUUAUGGCCUUUUAGCCACGGGUGUCACGGUGACAGGUCGUGCUCAGCUCCUGGCCAUGGCGGCAAGACAGUUACGUGCCUUGGCCGGUCGGCCGGCGCACCUAACACACGAAACCAACGAAUCUAUCAGGAGGAGGUUUGGAUGUGUAGAACUGACUGAGGAACUCUACAAAAGCGCUGCCAGCAGACGCAAAGAACUGCUGGAACUUCGUCGGACCCAGCCUGAGAACAUUGUGACAAGAGACAUUGCCAUUCAACAGCUUGAGCAUGCGAUGGCCACCUUCCAGACGAUCGUACCGGUCGAAAGUCCUGCAAGGGGAGGCGCGGAGGGUAUAGGGUUUCCCUGUCCAGUGUGUGGUGUUUACUUCGACAGUCGCACUAGCAUGAAGAAGUAUGUCGCGCUGAAGCACCCGGAGCACAAACAGAAGGAGAUCCAGUUUGACCCCGCCGUUCAUGCAAUUGGGGGUCUCCCCCAAUGUGCAGCAUGUGGACACAAAUUUCAGCACUGGCAGGCGCUCAGAAACCACAUUACGAACGAUAACUGCACCGCUCUUGGGGCUCAGGUCGAGGCACAGGUCGACAUCACCAGUGCUGAGGUGACAGUUGCAGAGGCAUCGGCAAGGGAUCAGGCAAACAGUGCUACGGUCACUGCUUCGCCAACUCCGCCUCCCGCACCGCAGCAGGUCACCCCAGAUGAAGCGGUGAGCCGGGUGCCACCGUACAGACAGCAGUUGGUGCAUCAAAUCAUCCGUGAUCAAGGCUGGGAAGCUUUAGUCACCAGUGCAGUGGCCCAGGAACAGAUUCAGAUGUUCGGGUACCUCAUGCCGGGGCUGAGUGCCACGCACAAGAGGCCACCGGCCACGCCGCUGACGGGGGCACUCAAGGAAGAGGAUCUGGAGGUGCAGGGGAAGCGAAAGAGAACACGUCGAGGAAGGGCAGGGAGCCGUCAAUCGGCCCCUCAGCUGGAGCUAACCAAGGAUGUGGAAAGGGCCAGUGUGGCGUGGAACAAAGUCCGAGAAACCGAGCCCAAGAAGAUCACACAGCCCUUGCGGAUCACGCUGCUUACCUUGAUGAUUGCGGAGCUGCUGGUCAGACUGCAGAAGAUGGAGCAACACCCGGAGGCCAAGAAGCUGGCAGUCACGGAGGGCUGGAUGGACGACAACGACAGGCUGCUGUAUCAAAAGUGGGACGAGGAAAGCAAAAAGCUGCUCCCCCACCCCACGAUGCCAGGCCUGCCAAUCCAGGAGGUCCUGCAGACCCUCAAGGAGCUGGAGCCGCUCAUCCUGGAGGAUCUAGUUCUUCGUUUCCACGCGCCGCGAAAGCUGAAGCCAACGCCCGAGGCCGAAAACAAGGCGGUGUUCAAGCUCGAGAUUUCUCUCAGACAUCCCGAAGCAAACGCGAUGUAUCAGUGCAUGGCCAAGUUGGAGAACAACGCAGUCUGGCAGCUUAUUGGCUGCCAACUCCGCAAGGACGGAAUGCGAAGAGCAAAUCCG